AUGACAGCAGUGAAUGAAGACAAAGGUGGAUUGUUCUUUUUAUAUGGUUAUGGAGGUACUGGCAAGACUUUUAUUUGGAGGACUCUCUCUUCUGGAAUAAGAUCUAGAGAUGACAUUGUGUUAACUAUGGCAUCAAGUGGUAUUGCAUCACUUUUGUUAUCGGGAGGUCGGACAGCUCAUUCCAGGUUUAAAAUUCCUCUCAAUUUAAAUGAAGAUUCAACAUGCAAUAUAAAGCAAGGUAGUCCUCUAGCCUUGUUCUUUUUAUAUGGUUAUGGAGGUACUGGCAAGACUUUUAUUUGGAGGACUCUCUCUUCUGGAAUAAGAUCUAGAGAUGACAUUGUGUUAACUAUGGCAUCAAGUGGUAUUGCAUCACUUUUGUUAUCGGGAGGUCGGACAGCUCAUUCCAGGUUUAAAAUUCCUCUCAAUUUAAAUGAAGAUUCAACAUGCAAUAUAAAGCAAGGUAGUCCUCUAGCCAACUUGAUUAUUAAAGCAAAGUUAAUUAUUUGGGAUAAGGCACCAAUGAUGCAUAGGUUUUGUUUUGAAGCACUUGACCAAAUUCUCAAAGACAUUCUGAGAUUUAAAAGUGCAUCCAGUUUAGAUCAGCCUUUUGGAGUUUUGAAGCUGAAAAAGAAUAUGAGGUUGCAAGGAAAUCAUUCGAACGUAAAUUUGGAUGAGUUAAAGAAUUUUUCUGGUUGGAUUUUGGCAAUUGGAGAUGGAAAUAUUGGAAAAUCAGUUGAUGACAUUGAAAAUGUUCAAAUCCCCGAUGAUCUUCUCAUAAAUCAUUAUGAUGAUCCAAUAUCGAUGAUUGUUGAAAACAUCCUUGAGAAAUCAUAUUUGAGUUUUGAUUCGGUUUUUAUGUCUGAUCAUGCUUUCGGAUCAUUGGAACAUGUAAAUACACUAGAAUUUGUGAAUAGUAUAUGUUCUAGAGUUCCAAAUCACUCUAUCACUUUGAAGGUUGGCGUUCCUGUGAUGUUAUUGAGAAAUAUAGAUCAGUCAUCUGGAUUGUGUAAUAGGAUAAGGUUAAUCAUCGCAAGACUUGGGAAUCAGGUUAUUGAAGCAAAGGCUUUAUCAGGAAAUUUAGUUGGAAAAAAAGUCUUAAUUCCAAGAAUGACACUGACUCCAUCUAAAGAGAAAGUGGUGUUUCUUCCACCUAUAUUGCCUACAAAAUCAUUGCUGAAGCAACUCAUCAUUCAAGACCUACAUUCAGAAACUUUAUUAUACUCUGAUGGAUCUAAUGCAUAG